UCACUUUUACAUAACCCCAACCGUGCCACUACCUAAACCCUGCUUUUCCCUCUCGUCUCGAAUCAGAGCAAACAGUCGCCACUUUGUGGUUUUUGCUAUCGACUGGAACCAUGUCGGCCGUAUCGAGAGGCCUGAUUUCCAUUCUCCGAAUCCUCGCAGCCAUUCCAAAGAUAACCACUACCUCAGCGUCAACCCCAGCGCCCAACCAAUUCUGCUUCUUCUUGAGAAGAUUGAGCACCGCCAAUGCCUUGGCGGAUGAGGCACCCAAGACCAGCAGUGAACAACUUAAUCGGAUGAUGAGCCCGAACUCUAAGCGGACUGGUGUUAUUGCCGUAAAAUGUGGGAUGACCGCUCUAUGGGAUAAAUGGGGUGCUAGGGUUCCCAUCACCAUCCUCUGGGUCGAUGACAAUAUUGUGUCUCAGGUCAAGACCAUUGAAAAGGAAGGUAUCACUGCUCUACAGAUUGGUUGCGGCCAGAAGAAGGCAAAGCAUUUGACGAAACCGGAAGUGGGCCAUUUUAGAGCUCAAGGUGUUCCAUUGAAGAGAAAGUUGAGGGAGUUUCCGGUGACCGAAGAUGCACUUCUGCCUGUUGGUACAUCAAUUGGUGUUCGCCAUUUUGUUCCUGGCCAGUUUGUGGACGUCGCAGGAAUCACAAGAGGGAAAGGUUUCCAGGGCGUGAUGAAAAGGCAUGGUUUUAAAGGAAUGCCGGCAUCUCAUGGUGCAUCACUGUCACAUCGAAGUCUUGGUUCUACAGGUCAGAGGGAUGCUCCUGGAAAGGUAUUUAAAGGCAAAAAAAUGCCUGGGCGCAUGGGAGCGCAGCAGAGAACAGUUAAAAAUGUGUGGGUUUAUAAAAUUGAGCCUGCGAGGAAUCUAAUGUGGGUAAAAGGCCAAGUUCCUGGUGCCGAGGGAAACUUUGUGUUUGUAAAAGAUGCUGUCUACAAGAAACCCGAUAUUUCACUGCUUCCAUUUCCUACUUACUUUGCCGACGAAGAUGAGGACAUGGCAGAGUUGGAACCACUGGUCGCUGAUCUCGGCGAAGUAGACCCAUUCAUGGAAGCAGAUUAAUAUGGAGAAAACUUAAAAGUAUGAGAACUGGUUGCUUAUUCACAUGAUAUGCAUUAUCUAUUGCCUUGCUGUGUUUUCUUCAUUUUUGCAUUUUGUGCCUUAAGAACCAACCAUCGGAAGAUUUUGAUUUUCAAGUAAUGAUUCUGAGGAUAGAAUAGAGUGUGGAUUGCAGGAGCUGGAAGGCAUGUAA